AUGGCCGCUGCAGAGAUCGCGGCUGGGGCUUACAUUGCUUCGGAAGUUGUCGAACACGGCGCGCAAUUAGGCUAUGCGGCAUAUCUCGUCUCGAAACCUACAUUGCCUUUGAAGGCUACGUUUAAAAGAAUAGCUACAACUUCCGGUGACCAGUCGCAACGAUCUUUGGCUCGCUCCAACCACACUGUUACCGUGAUUGGCAACAAAGCUUACAUCUUCGGUGGUAAUACUGCAACGAAUAUUCUGGCUAGUAACGAUGUGCAUGCUAUCACGCUCGAGCAUUCAGGUGAACCAGAAAUGGAUUACAGCAUGAUCCCUGCACUGUCAACUUUUGAAGGCGAGAGAACGCCUGCUGGCAGAGCAAAUCAUGCAGCUUGCGCUUUCCAUGGAAGUAUCGCAGUGUACGGCGGCUGCAGCGAGAAGGGUGACCUUAUCGACGAGAACUCUUCCAUCUGGCUAUUCAACCCAGAAAGGAAAGCAUGGGAUCUACUAGCGCCAUCAGACGCCGGCGCUGCACCGGGUGCGCGCCAGAAUGCGCAGUUGUUCGCACAAGAAGGAUACAUUGUUCUCUUUGGUGGUAUUGAUGGUUCUAGUUCGCAUGCGUCAGAUCUUUGGCAGUUCGAUGUCGCCUCGCGGUCUUGGACACAGCUCCCUACCGCACCGGUCGGAACCUCGAAUGCUGCGUUAUCGGAUGGCCAAUUAUGGUUGAUUUCUGGUUCAGAUCCUAUGAGCAGCCAGCUGCACCAUCUUAGCAUCUCCGCCUCGGAUGACAAGGAUCCUUGGGAAUCGUUUACCUUUCCCACCAAUCCGUUGGCGCCAGGACCUCGCGCGAGGCACCAUGGAGCUCUACUACCCAUCAGCACCGGCUGGGGUCGGAACUACUUGAUCUACCUUCUUGGUGCUCGGGACGAUCAGUCUUCAGCGACAUCGCCUACAUCACCAGAUGAUCUGAAACAUUCGAAGGAAGCUACACAGUGGAGCGACACUUGGGUUCUCCAGAUCCCUUCCAGUGACCUGGAGGCGAAGGCUUCGUUGACACUGAAAAAUGCCAUAAAGCCUGCAAAGAUCAAAGACGCAAUACGCUCCGCGAUUGGCGCUGAUACGGGUCACCUUUCGUGGGCGGAGGCUGUUGUACAAGUGCCGGACAAAGUAACAUUAGAGGAGGAGGAUGGCAGUCUGCAUCCUGGCCCUAGGGCGUUCUUUGGCGCAGAUGUGAUGCAGAGUGGCAGUAGUGUGGUAUUCUGGGGCGGAGUAAACGCGAAGGGUGAAAGAGUUGGUGAUGGAUGGGUUGUAAAGUUUGAGUGA